AAGUAAUGAUUGAUAUUGCGGGUUGAGCUUGUAUUCAUUAAAUUGAUGGCAUUCUUGCCAUGUAGUUAUGAUUGACUGUAUUAUCUUAUCUUUUAUGUUACAGUUUGCUGAUGUCAAUUAUCCAGUAAUGGUUUUGAUAAGUGAUUGGGUCUCUGCCCAAUUCCUUCGCCACAAGAACAGCUUGAACUUCUCUACCCAGACAGAUGAUGAAUUCUUAUCUUUUCUGUUAUCAACCGUCAGUAAUAUUGUGCAAAGUGUAAAACCUGUUUUUCAAGACAACAGAUCACAAAAUGAUUCCUCUUUAAGGCCAGGCAGUCCCAAGAGGAGGCUUAAUGCCGAGAGAUUCCCGACUGAACAAGUUAACAAGCUGACUGAUACACUUACAUUAACAUUAUCUGAGGAUUCGGAUAAAACAGCCAGCCCACAACCUCAAACAAAGAGCACCUCAACCAACAGCACCUAUAUCCUUCCCCAGAUACCCCCCGCUAAUAACGUAACAAAUCCUGGUCCAGCCUCUUUACUUCGAACACCUAUCAAAAUACCUGAUAAAAACUUGGUUUUGACACCAAAGGGAAAGUUUUUCAGUGACAUAUGUUAUGAAAAUGACUCGAAUCUUAACUUUGCUAAAGGAGAAACUCGCACUUUUGAUAAAUCAGCUGACUUAAAAUCAUUUCACGAUAAAGAUGCCCCUGUGACUGCAGUUCAAAAAGUUAACGUUUAUACGCUAAACGAAGGUGAAUGCAAUGUGAAUGAAGAAAAGGAAAAUGUUAAUACCAUGAACGAAGGUGAAUACUGUGUAAAUGAAAAAAAGGAAAAUGUUAAUACCGUAAAAGAAGGUGAAAUCUGUGUGCACGAGGAGGAGGGAGGUGAAAUGUUACAAGUUGCAGGAGAGGUUCAUGACAUUCGGAGAGUGACAGAUUGUCGAGAUAAACGCUGCAUGUUUUGUCCCAGCUAUGAUCCGGCCUACGCUUCUGCUAUCCACGAACUGUUGGAUGAAACACUAGAUGAUGGUGACGAUUUAGAACUGUACAAAUCAGCGACAGAUUCAACAGAAAAUGACGAGAUAGAUACUAUCACAAACCUUGUUAUUCAGGAAUGUACAGCAAACAAGAUGGCUUUUCCCUCUGAUUUACGGGCAGACAAGUUGGUUCAUAACGAAUAUAAAGGUUCCACCUACAUGACAGAAGAUGAAGAAAACCAGACAGUCUGCUCGUGGCAUGACUGGUCCAUGAUUACAGCAGCUAACGAGACUCAACCUCCAAACAGCCCCACUAUAAUAGUUCCAAACUGGAUCAGAGACUUGUCAGACAAAGAGUUGAGAACACUUUUGAUCUCCAAGGGCGCCCUCGUGGGAGCCAUAUCUGAGACAACACGAGUGGUUUAUGAACAAUACUUGGUUAAGCUGGACACUAAACCCCUCCCUGAACUUGAUAACAGUUUAGAUGGCUAUCCUAGGGAGCUUAUAUCUUGUUUGCAAGGUCAGCCCCAAGUAGACUGGAGUGAAGCUGAGCGGGAAAUGGUGGAGGAGUUCCAGACCCCAGUAGUAGGGAGGCGGUACAGGCAGGGUACUAUGAAGUGCUUCUUCAACUACCUCCUUAUUGACCCCCGCAUUGCCGAUGAUUUACCGAAAAAAGCAGAGACUCUCAACCCACGGGAAGUUUUCAAGCUCUUUAUAAAAUCAGUUUUCUACGUCGGGAAAGGAAAGCAAAGUCGACCGUAUGCGCACCUUUUUGAGGCUUCUCUCCAAAACAAGGACAGCGAGAAGUUGCGGAAGAUCCGAUCUAUUUGGACGAGUGGAAGAGGAGUAGUAAGUCUUCACGUGUACAACAAUACUAUAGCGGAGGAGGCCUUCACACGCGAGGGUGUUAUGAUAGGAUGCAUAGGACUGAAGAAGCUGGCAAACGAGAAGCGGGGAGAGUUCUACGGGGUAAGCAAGAGCUGGUCAGCAGCUAAGAGACGUGGAGUAGGCCUGUCGUUACUCUACAAGGCUCAUUUAACUCUUAUAAACGAGGGGCACAGGGAGAUUAAACAGUGCGAUGUUGCCAAAGGAAAAUCUUGAUGUUCGAGGAAUUGGGGUACGUAAGUAAAUAAUAAUGGAUCAGGAACUUCGAUUUUUGCUGUUGAUGACAGGGUCAAGACUCAAGGGUGCAUUUUCCCCACAAUUAAAAUCAACCUAGAUUUGUUAUAUAUGAUAUGCUCCUAGAUACAUUUUUGGCCAAAUUUUGAAUUCCGUGUUUUCGUUUAUUUGGUUUAUAUUUGUGAUGACAUUUUGUUUGUUACUGGGUUUUUAGUACAGUUUAUUUAUACUUAAUGUAUAGUAGGUUUACGAUUCGUUUGAAUGUUGGACUAUUUGUGACGUAUUUCUACCAAUAUUUAUUUAUUUAAUUAUUUGCAGUAACAAGGUGUC